ACAACCGUUAAGGAUAAUAAACGAUUUGAAAAAACAAUAAUAUUUUGUAUCAAAGUUACGUGUGUCGUGAAUGAUUUUGGUGUUAAUAUUGGUUUAUAAUUUUGCUGUUCGGAAGAUAACUGAUAUUCUCCAAUCAAAGAACUGAAAUGGUUGGUCCAUUAGUCGACUUGUAUCAUUUAAAGUGUCGUCUUUUAUUAUUUUUAAUGUUUGUAGCACGGCACAAAAGCCUCACAUAUCUCACUUAUUUGCAUAUCUUGUAUUAGCCUUCAUUAGUAGUAGACAACAUGGAGCAUUCUUUCGAUAACUCUCGAAUCGAAUAAAUCUAAGUGGUGCGGACUCAAUUCACUUCAUUUUCAAGCAAAUUCAUGCAUGCUUUCAAGCGAUUUCUUGCAAUAAAUUCUCAGACCACCAGAGAUGCCAGAUUUACAGAUAUGUUUGUAAACUUACAGACAUAUCUGUAAAACUUUUUAUUUUUUUGUAGACUUUUUGGAUAUAACAAUGUUUCACAGGUUUUUGAAAAAUAAGAGGCUCUAUUCAUCACAUCAAAGACAUUUGACUCACCAUAUGACAUUUUUCCAUAGUUUCAAUACAGAAAAGUUUUUUUUUAAUUUUUUAUUAAUUCGUUUAUUUUUACAGGCUCAGUUACAUAAGUUUAAAGGAGCUGAAUACAUAACUAAACAUAUAAACUAUAUCUAUAUAUCUAUGAACAAUUUUCCUUAAUUCUAUUGUUAAUAAGGUUAAGGAAAACCGAUUACUCGCGGACUCGAGUUUAGAAGGUUGACAUAUUUUUAUUAGGAAUAGGAUGGAAUAUAAGGAUAUGUUGACAAUGUUCACACUCGCACUCACACUCAUCACACUCAAUUCUUAAACCUAUCUUAUAACUACUAUGUAUUUACAUUUCAACUAAAUACAGAAAAGUUAUUAUAUUUAGUUUAUAUCAAUACACAUGACGUUAGACCAGCGAUACUCAACCUGCGGCCCGGCAGACUUUCUGGUUGGCCCAUCUGGUGUAUAUGAAGUUUGGAACUCAUACACAUAAGUACUUUUGCCCUGACAUCAUUGCAGACGAAAGAGAGGAUACGAUUAUUCACAAUUAAUGAAAAAUUGCUUCCUCUGCAGGUAGGGAAAAAUCUUGAACGAAAAUUGUCUCUGAUAAUUAUUUUCUGUUCUGGAUAAGAUUGUUUUGCUGAAAUUCAAGGAGAUUUAUAGAAAAAUAGUUAAUUUAGGGUCAGGACUAUGUCUUCUAAGUAUUUAAACAACAUCGAAUAACAAUUUUUAUUCUAUUUUCAACAAAUUACAUUUGCUUUCGGGUCUGCUUAUGACGAAAUAUGGGUUACUGUUCGAUAUUGUUACCGCAGACAUGGUUCAUGGCCGUGUGGUGAUCUAAAGCUUGUAUAGCCUUUCAUGGCGGAUGGAAAAAUUCACUGCAUUUUCUUAUAAACGACAAGACCGCAAGCCUUGGUGGAUGUCCAACAUAUCAACGAAGAAAUACUGAUUUUUAAAAAAAUUAACAACGCGUAUGUAUGUGUAGAUCGUCGAAACAUUUAAACACACUUACAACACAAAAGUUAUUUUUUAUUUUACAAUUAACAUAUUCACUAGAAAUAUUUUUUAUGACAGAACAACGUUUGCCGGGUAUAUAUACAGCCAUUCCAUGCAAAACCGAUAUAGUGGUUCUCAGAUUUUCGUCAAAAGUGGUAAUUUUGUUUUUUAUCGCAAAACAUUAGACCCGUAUUUUUUAUUUUUUAAGUAGGGUGCCCAUUUCCAUUUUAGGGUUGACCGAAAAAUCAUUUUUUUUUCCACUUUUUCCCAAAAAUGACAAAUGAAAAUUAAUAACUUUUGAAUCACUGAACCGAUUUAGAUAAUCGACAUAUAAAAUUGAAACUAAUGACCUAGCCUUUUAUUAAAAAAUAUUUAACUUGCGAAAAAAAUUAUUAUAUUUUAGUAAUUAUUGAUUGUAGUCGUUUUUUUAUGACUUUGGACUAGAGCAGGGGUUUUCAAAUGGUGCUCCGCGGGAAAUUUGUGCUCCGUAAAGUUAUAGCAAGUGCUCCCACUUGAAAACCCACCUUGAAUCAAGCGCAAUCGAAAUCCGUGAUGACAACUGUACGGUGUCGACAUCUGGAUACAACAUCAGUUUUUACGAGACAAACUACUCUCUAUCAGAUUGGCCAGUCGGAAGGCAGUUUUCAAUUGCUAAAAUUUGAAUGAAAAUUUAUAUUUUGUGUUAUUUAUAUAAUUGAUGCACGUUGUCCUCAUCCUAACUUAACAUAUUUCCUAUAUUUUUUUCUAUAUUUCCACUAAAAGUUUUCAAUAGAAUAUAAAAUUGUCUUCAAACAAAAUAUUCAUAUGAGAUUUUGUCAUCACCUGCAAAAAAAGUGUUUUCUAUCCACAUAGUAAACUAAUUUGAUACGGAUAAGUUAAUUUUCAUUCAUAACUUUGAUGUUCAAAGUGGGUCCAUUACGCCUGAAAUUAAUUAUUAUCUUUGCGCUCCCCGAACUCGUACGAAGCUUAAUACCACCAAAACGAAUAGAGCUGUUCCCAGCUGGGUAACGUCAAACAGGAUUUGUUUUUGUUUUUGCAAAUUCCAGUUGAAAAAAAAUCCGCGGUGAUUGAAAUCACAAUGGACCACUGGCUAAAAAUAGAAACGCUUUUUAGACCUGGAUCAUCCAGAAAUACAACAAGCAGUAGUGACCGGACAAAUGUUGAUGCGCAACAAUUGAAUGAAGAGCCUCCAUCGGCGGAAGUUGAUCUGGAUCUACAGCAGAUCCAAAAGACUGAGCUGGACUUCAGGCCAGUAGAUGAUUAUUCCAAUGUGAGAAAAGUCACAAAGCGGAAAUAUAAGGAAUCAUAUAUUGAAAUGGGAUUUACUGAGACCAGCGAUAAUAAGCCACAGUGUGUCAUCUGUGGUAAGGUGUUUGCCAACAGCACAAUGUUUCCGGCAAAAAUGCGUCGACAUUUCGAAAAUGUGCAUCCAGAGUAUGAAGGCACACCGAGUUCGUUAUUAAAGUGUAAAUGUGAGGAGUUAUUGGUUCAAGAAAACAUGACGAAUUUGUCAAAAAUAAAUAAUGAAAAGGCUGUUCUUGCAUCAUACAUAGUCAGUUAUCGUGUUGCACAAGCGGGAGAAGCGCAUACUAUUGCUGAAAACUUGAUCAAGCCAUGUAUGCAGGAUAUCGUCGGUCUAAUGAUUGAUGAUAAAACAGUUGGAUUGAUAAAUUCAAUUUCCAUGUCAGACAAUACGGUCUCUCGGCGUAUUAGAGACAUGGCCGAAGAUGUUGAGAGCACUUUGGUGUCUCGAUUGUAUCGAUUGUAUCGAAUUUCGCGAUGCAGCUUGAUGAAUCCACAGAUGUAGCUGGCCUUGCUAUUUUAAUGGUGUUUGUACGAUAUCAAUUUUCUGGAUAUUUUGAAGAAGAUUUACUUUUUUGCAAACCACUGCCGACAGCUACAACGGGAGCUGAAAUUUUUAAGCUGAUUGACGAUUAUUUUACGAAGAAUGAUAUUCCAUGGGAACAUUGUGUUGAUGUAUGUACAGACGGUGCAAAGGCUAUGGUUGGAAAGACUGCUGGUGUCGUUGCCAGAAUUCAAGAAAAGGCGGAAAGCUGUGGUAGCAGUCACUGCAUCCUUCAUCGAUAUGCGCUUGCUAUGAAGAAAAUAUCACCAUCUUUGAAGGAAGUUUUGGAGGAAAGCAUCAAGAUAAUCAACUUUAUCAAGGCACGACCCAAGAAUUCGAGAUUAUUUAAAACGUUGUGCGAUGAAAUGGGGAGCCAGUAUUCCACGCUUCUUCUACAUACCGAAGUGCGUUGGUUAUCUCGUGGGAAAACGUUGUCCCGGUUGUUCGAAUUAAGAUCAGAAGUUAGAACCUUCCUGAGCGGCCAUGAUUUUGCAUUGGGUGAAAAGUUGAAAAAUGACCAGUGGCUUAUAAUGUUAGCUUAUUUAGCUGACAUCUUCCAGAAAAUGAAUGAAUUGAGUGUUUCAAUGCAAGGCAGGGCGAUUUCAGUAUUUGAUGUGAAUGGAAAAAUUUUGGCAUUCAAAAGAAAAAUCAAAUUCUGGACAGAAUCUCUGGAAAAACGAAACCUGGACAGCUUUCCAAAUUUGAAUAAAAUUCAAUCCGAAAUAUCCUCGAAUAUAUCAUCCGAAAAUUUCAUUCAAUUUUACGAGCACUUGCAGGUAGGUAUUAUGAUAAUUACAAUGGUUUUCUUAAAUAACCUUGAACAUGUAAUUGGCAGGAUUUGUUGGACAGCUUUCAACAGUAUUUUCCAGACCAAUAUCAUAGCAAGAUCGAAGAAAUGGCUUGGGUGGAACAGCCUUUUUCGAUAUCGGAGAAGCCAAAAUCUUUAACAUCACAGGAAUAUGAGUGUUUGAUAGAUUUGACAUCGGAUUUCAAUAUGAAAAAAAAAUUUAAAUCCAAGAAAUCGUUGGAAGAGUUUUGGUGUCAGCUAAAAAAUGAAUUUCAAAUUUUGUCCGACAAAGCGAAACUAAUUCUUUUACCAUUUUCAACGACAUAUAUGUGUGAGUCAGGAUUUUCGACUUAUUUAGCCACAAAAACUAAAUAUCGAUCCCGAUUGAAUGCAGAGCCAGAUGUCCGGUUACAAUUGUCAAAAAUUCAACCAAAAAUGACACAGCUUGCAAAGAGAAAGAACGGGGAUUUAUUUAACUGAAAUAAAUAACUGCAUAUUUUACUCAUUGAAUAAAAACACAAGAAUCAAAAAGUAGAUUUACUUUUAUUUUCAAUUGUUAUGAUCACAUGCCCAAACUUCUUUUUUCAUAACAAUUACGCAUGACAGAAGUGUAAAUAUAUUUUUCUUCUCUUCGCGUUGGCACAGACCUACUGUUCUAUGAUUGCAUAUUUUUAUUCGAAUUGACGACAUUGAGUUUUGUUCGGGGAGCGUCAAAGAUAGUAAUUGAUAUUCAGGCGAAAUGAACAUAUUUAUGAAAUUGAAAUUAUGAAUGAAAAUUAUCUUCUCCUAAUCAAAUUAGUAUUCUAUUCAAACUAACACUCCUUUCCUUACAGGUGGUGAAAAAAUCAUACGAAAAUUGUGUCUGAAAACAUUUUUAUAUUAUGAUUAAAAGUUUCAGUAAAAGUAUCGGAAAUGUAAAGACAAAUGGAUAAAUAAGAGUCAGGAAUACGUGCUUCAAAUAAUGAAAUAACAUGGUGUAAAAAUUUUCAUUCAAAUUUUAACAUUUUAAAACUGGAUUCGUACGUUCUAAUCUGAUAGAUAUUACCCUUUCGAGUUUGGGAAACAAACUAUGUUCCCAAAUUGAAAGUUGUCACCAGACGUCGACACUGUACCACUGUCACCGCGAAUUGGAUAUAAAAAUGUAGGUGCUCCGUCAAAUAUUUUUGCUAUAAAAAGUGCUCCACCAUAAAAAAAAUCUGAAAACCCCUGGACUAGAGGGAGCUAUAUUUUUUAAAAAUUUUUCUUGAAGGCUGGGAUUUUUUACAUAACAUAUCUCGAUAUCAGAGAUGCCAUUUUUUCGUUUUUCAGAUAUGAUUUGAAAAAUCAUUUUUCCCCCUUUAUCCAAAUAUAACUUUCUGCAAAAAAUCAUAACAUUUGAAUUACUAAACCGAUUUAGAUGAUCGAUAUAUUAAAUUGAAGCCAAUAAGCAAAAUUUGAAAAAAUAUCACACUUGCGGGAAUAUUGGAUUCUAGUCGCAUUGGUCCAGUUUAGUCACAUAGGAAUAUUGAUCGAAGACUUAAAACAUGUUAAAUUUACAAAGUUAUAAUUUAAAAACGAUAAUUAUAGCAUCUCUGAUAUCGAGAUAUGUUAGGUAAAUAAUCUUCAGCUUUCCAUAAAAAAUAUACAAAAAUAUAGCGCUCCUAUCUUUAAACGAGAAAACUAUGAAACACAGAUACACUUCGCCUACUGAUCCACCUCUAUAUGUACCUCAUUAGGUUAUACCUAUGUUAUAACCGCAAAGUUGACGUAGGACUGCCGUUGGCUUAGUAAUCAUUUGUUUUUUCACUUAGCAACAAUCGCACCUCAUUGUGUACGAUAUCGCUGCUGCGCAUAGCUAUCUUCUGUAUGUAUUGAUUAAACUAGUGAAUGAAUGAAACAAUUUACGAAUUCAAUUGCAAACAAAUUCCAAUUUAGGUCAAUUCAUGAAUAAUGGUAGUGGUUAUCGCAGCAAAUAGCCUACUCGCAGCAAUAUUUUACCUACUCAUAAAACGGUAUGCUUAAAAAUUCAGUGAGCCGAUGACAUGAAGGGAUAUGCAGUCUUGAAUAACCGAACCAAAGCGUUGCAUUUGUACCCGCUAUUGUAGACCGUGUUAGCGAAACCAUUUCCGAAGUGUAAAAAUGCAUGAGAGUAUAAAAGUACUGCCGAGAUCUGCAAUGCCGAUUUUCCCAACUUAUCGGUUUCGGAAUCUGUGUUGGGAAAACACAUUCCGGUUUGCAAAUAUAGUAUAGUAGAGUACAAAAGUACUGGCAGCUUGCAUCUCAUUUGCAAUGCCAAUUUCCCCACGCUCCAUAGUUUUGAAAUCCGUUUUAGGGAUACAUUCCGAUUUGCAGAAACGCAAGCGAGUACAAAAGUACCCGUCGAUUGCAUCUCAUUUGCAAUGCCAGUUUCCCCAGGCUAAAUGGUUUUGAAGUCUGUGUUAGGGUAACAUUCCGAUUUGCAGAAACGCAAGCGAGUACAAAAGUACCCGCUGCUUGUAUCUGUUUUGCAAGGCCGAUUUCCCCAGGCUCCAUGGUUUUGAAGUCUGUGUUAGGGAAACAUCCAUUCGUUCCAGCGAUGGUAUCUCAAUCGUUGCGCAAUCAUAACUGAGUGGAUUCCCGAGCGUCAAUCCCUUUUAUACCGAUUGGUGUGAUUCCGCAAGCCUGUUUUGAAAGCAAUUUUAAGGCUAUUGAAAUAAGUUUUUUGAUCAAAAAGUAACAAGUAUAUAACGCGUAGACAUUUUAUCUUUCGAAUGAAGUGUUUAUCAUAUUAUUUAGUUCAGCUGUUUAGGAGCUAUUAACGCUCAAAAUCUCGGUGUCCGGCGUAUGGCUUUCGUUUUCGAAACUUUGAACUUACACCCCAGUAUAGAAAUGAAAGACGUAGUCCUACGUCAAAACUAACUCAAUCAAUAAUUACAAAAACAAAAAUUCAAUUUUUUCGCAAAAGUAAUAUUUUUCCAAAGAAAACUAACUCGUAAGCUUCAAUUUGAUAUGUCGAUGAUAUGAACCGGUCCAAUAGUUCAGAAGUUAUGACUUUGUGUAGUGGGAAAAAUGGGGAAAAUUGUUUUUCGAACCAUCGAUUAGUUUUGAAAAAUCAUAUUUCAAAAACGAAAAAAAUUACAUGUCUGAUAUCGAGAUAUUUUAUGUAAAAAAUUCUCAGCUUUCAAGAAAAAAUAUUAAAAAAUAUAGCCAUGAAAACAUUAAAAAACGACUAAAAUCAAUAAUUACGAAAAUAGGAUCCAUAUUCUCUGCAGGUUCAAUAUUUUGCAAUUAAAGCUCAUUGGCUUCAAUUUGAUAUGUCGAUCAUGUAAAUCGAUUAAGUGGUUCGAAAGUUAUAAAUGUUUGAAAAAAGUCAUUUUGGGAAAAAGUGAAACGAAAUUAAUAUUUUGAAUCACCCUAAAAUGGAAAUGGGCACCCUAAUGAAAAAAUCAAAAAAUUCGAGUCUAAUGUUUUGCUAUAAAGAACAAAAUUACCACUUUUGACGAAGAUCUGAGAACCACUAUAUUGGUUUG